AUGGCGGUGGCUGGUGACAGCGACGACACGGAAGAAGUUGAGACUGAUGAGUCGGGGAUGGCGGUGUGCGGCCACUACCUCCCACCGGACUGCAAGGAUUGGCUCAAGCGGCCCGAAGACGAGGUUCAGUACCAGUACGAGGGCAACGUGAUGAUGGUGUACGCCAUCCUGCGGCAAUCGCAGGUCUUCCAGAAGAUUGGGACGCUGAGCAUCGGGCGGCGCCGGCAUGUGGGGCUCGGAGGCCUCUAUACGGCCAUGCCUUAA